AUGAUCCGCGCUCCCUCCAAGCGCCUCGGCCCCAUCGCCAAGCGGGGUCUGGAGACGGCAGCCCACCCUCCUCCUCCGCCUCCUAUGGACAUGGGCAUGGGCAUGAUGGGCCGCGCAGCCCGCAAGCCGCGCGCCGAAGGUGACAUCGGCUCCGUCUUCGCCUCGCUCAGCAACGAGAAGGCGCAAGCCCUGCCCCCGCGGUUCCGCGACCUGAAGCGAGUCCUCAUGGGCGACGCGGACAACCAGGCUCGCCUGAUUGCGUCCUGGACCCGUCUCACCGACCGGCUGGCGAGGGCCGCCAGCGACAUCGAGCGGAGACGGCAGGCCUGCGUCCCUGUUCUGAGCUACGACGAGCUCGUCUCUGGCGACGCCAAGGCCAUCGCCCGCUUCAAGGAGUGCGGCACAGCGGUGCUGACUGGCGUGAUCCCCGAAUCGACGGCGGAGCGGUGGCUGGGCGAGGUCGAGGCGUACGUCGCGGCCAACCCGGACGUGAAGGGCUUCCCGGCGGACGACAAGCAGGUGUUCGAGCUGUACUGGUCUCGCCCGCAGCUCGAGGCGCGUUCCCACCCCCGCGCCAUGGCCGUGCAGCGUGCCCUCCUCAACCUCUUCUCCGGCUCGGAUGGCCCCGCGGCCAAGCAGCCGCUCGCGUACGCCGACCGGCUCCGCGUCCGUCACCCCGGCGACAGCCGCUUCGCCCUCGGCCCGCACAUGGACGGCGGCAGUGUCGAGCGCUGGGAAGACCCCGCCUACAGGGCAGUGUACAGGGACAUCCUGACGGGACGGUGGGAGCAGUUCGACCCCUUCGAGCUCGGCGCGAGGGCGCGCGCGAACCAGAAUCUCUACGACGGACCCGGGGCCUGUGGCGUCUUCCGCGCGUUCCAGGGCUGGACGUCGCUCUCGCACACGGGGCCUGGUGAAGGCACUCUGCGCGUCUACCCGCGUCUGAGGGAGCUUUCCGCUUACACCUUGCUUAGGCCGCUGUUCCGCGCCCUCAAGACCGAGGCCGAGGUCGGACGCGAGGCGUAUCUGGCCAGCGAGAACUGGAUCCUGGACACGGUCACGAGCGACUUCCCCAACGCGCCUCCGGCGCGCUCGCAGGAGUUCAACGACGAGACACACCCCCACCUCCAGCUCGGACGCACAAUGGUGUCCAUCCCCCACGUCAGGCCGGGCGACCAGGCCUGGUGGCACGCGGACGUGAUCCACGCCGUCGAGGCCACGCAUGGCGGCAACGGGCCCAGCGCAGUCAUGUACAUCCCCUCUGUGCCCAUGACGCCGCUCAACGCAGCCUAUGUCGCGGACCAGCGCGAGGCGUUCGUGAACCGCAUCCCGCCGCCGGACUUCCCAGGCGGCGUCGGCGAGAGUGCCUUCCGCGGCACGGGCACGCCCGACGACGUCAAGGGAUCCGACGCCCGCCGGGCAAUGGGCCUCGAGAAGUUUGAGGUCUCCGACACCAUGCCCGCGAACGAGAGGGCGGUCGUCGAGGCGUGCAACAAGAUUCUCGGGUUCUAG